UCCCCACUUCCCCUAGUCCCCACCGAUCACCCUCUCUAGAUUCUAGGGUUUCAUUCUCUCUCUAUCUCUCGCUCGCUCUUUUCUCUCUCUCCUUCCCGCUCCUUCACAAAUUCACAAACAUUUGUACUCCCCUCAUGUACAAUUACAUUUGUAUUCUAUUCAGUUAUCUCACUCACUCAAUCGUCGCCUUUCCCUGUCCAAAUUGAUUCCUUUUUCAAUUAAUUUCUGCCGAAGUAGUCCCAGUAAGGUUGACUCUCUGUUGUAACUUAUGCGUUCUUAGUGUUACAUUUGAAGAGCAAUAAGCAAUGCAGAUUAAGGAAUUGGAGAAACUCGAGGCUUCCAGCGCCAAGAAUCAAGAAAAUACGGCGAUAGUAGGGCAAUUGGAGGCGUCGGUGGAAAAUUGUGGCGCAAAAGCUUCGAAUUUCAACUCCGUCAUUGAUGUAUCUGGAAAAGUACUCGAUUUUCCGCUUGUUAGUGGCGACGAGAGCACAGUCGAGGAGGUUUACAUGUACAAGAAUGAGUUGAAUUUGAUUCCCAGAGAUGUUGGGAGGCUUAAGGGUUUAAAAACUCUUAAAUUUUUCGCGAAUGAAUUGAACUUGUUUCCUGGGGAGUUUAGGAAUCUGGUUGAGCUUGAAUGCUUGCAAGUGAAGGUAACGGAGCCGGGAGUUAGUGGAUUGGAGUUAAGUAAACUGGGGAAUUUGAAAGAGCUAGAGCUCAGCAGAGUGCCCCCAAGGCCUUCUGCUUUCCCGAUUUUGCGCGAGAUUGCUGGGCUUAAGCGCUUGACGAGGCUGUCCAUUUGUCAUUUCUCCAUAAGAUAUCUACCUCCAGAAAUAGGCUGCCUCAUUAAUUUGGAGUACUUAAAUCUUUCAUUUAACAAGAUGAGGAAUUUACCAGAUGAGAUUACUUUGUUGAACUCGUUGGUAUCUUUGAAAGUGACGAACAAUAAAUUGGUUGAGCUACCUUUGGGAUUUUCCAAUCUUCAAAGGCUGGAGAGCUUGGACCUAUCAAUUAACCGGUUAACUUCCAUAGAGUGUUUAGAACUUGAAUCAAUGCAUAAUCUUCAAUCUCUGAAUCUUCAGCAUAAUCAACUUGGUGAUUGUCGGGUACCGUCAUGGAUAUUUUGCAAUUUGGAGGGAAACAACGGGGAUCUAGAUGAAUCUGCUGAGAUGGAUGUGUAUGAAGGCUCAGCUGAUGUGCAAUCCAUUCAUUUGAGUGGAUUAUCUCCUAACCAUAGAAGUUUAGCUGCACGAAGGGCUAAAGGAUGGAAACGCCGAUAUAAUUUGCAAACAAAAGCUCGACAGGAGCGGUUGAAUAACUGCAGGAAGUGGAAGGGUGAUGUUACAAGCCGAAGCUCUUCGGAAAAAUGCACCACUUGCAAAGUUGUUGAGCAUAUUGAUGAUGCCAUAUCAGAAGGUUUAUCUGCUAUUGUAGAUGCAGAGCUGGAUCACAAAGAUAUAUUUCCUGCAGGGGAGACACAUGAAUCAACUACCUCUCGGGUGAAUGAGGUCACAACUGAUAAAACGUCUAUGGAUGGCUGCUCAUGUUUGGCAACUGAAUCUGUCAGUUCUCUGUCUAGUGCAGUUUUGGUUCCUGUUUCUGAUGCUGUUGAGGUGCAUGAUGAAAGUUCAUCUUCUGAAGCAUCUAAUUGUGCUGUAAAGUGCAAAAGGCAUUCGGAGAAAGAUCUUGAUAAUCCCAAGCCCUCCAAAUACAGAAAACCAACCAGUGACCCCUAUUAUUUGUCAGACCAAUAUAGUAGAAUAUCAUUUUGUGGGGCUGAAGAUCGUCUACCUGAUGGCUUUUAUGAUGCAGGGCGAGAUCGGCCCUUUAUGCCGCUGCCAAGUUAUGAAAAAAAUGCUUAUGUUAACUCACGAGAAGUGAUUCUUCUUGACCGGGAAAGGGAUGAGCAGUUAGAUGCCAUUCUUAUGUGUGCUCAAGCAUUGGUUUGUCGGUUUAGACAUAUAAAAAAUUCGAUAAACGAGCAAAGAGAUUUAGCAACCGAUACUCUGCGGACUGCAUCACUGCUUGCUCUUUUUGUAUCGGAUCAUUUUGGUGGAAGUGAUAAAAGUGCUAGCGUGCAGAGAGCACGGAAAUCUGCUUCGGGUGUAAACUUUGGCAAACCAUUUGUUUGUACUUGUGCAACUGGGAUCAGUGUUGAUGCUAAUAAAGCCAAUAUGCAAAGGGUGGACAAUAUAGAAGAAACUGUUUUCCUUGAUAUCUGUGAGAAAUCUCUUCACUCGAUAAAAGAAAGACGCAGUUCUGUUAUAGUUCCUAUUGGGGGUCUGCAGUUUGGUGUUUGCAGGCAUAGAGCAUUGCUGAUGAAGUAUUUAUGUGACCGCAUGGAGCCUCGAAUCCCUUGUGAACUAGUGAGGGGUUACUUGGACUUUUCUCCGCAUGCCUGGAAUGUAGUCAUUAUAAAGAAAGGCGAGUCAUUGGUCCGCAUGAUAGUUGAUGCAUGCCAUCCUCUUGACAUCAGGGAAGAAUGUGACCCCGAAUAUUUUUGCAGGUAUAUACCCUUAAGCCGGGUUAAUGCAGUGGUGGACCAUGGUAUCAGUUCUAACUGUCCAUUCCCUUCCCUAUCUAUGUGUGAUGAGAUAGGGAAACUGGCAUCGACCUCCCUAAUGCGCUGUAAUAUUGGAUCAUUGGAGGCUGCAGUGAAGGUACGAACAAUUGAUAUAUGUGGGGCUUCUGCAGAUGAAGUGCGGAACUUCGAGCUAUCAUGUUUAGGGGAAGUCCGAAUGUUGAGUGUCUUAAAGCAUUCCUGUAUUGUAGAAAUCUAUGGUCAUCAGAUAUCAUCCAACUGGUCUAUGACUGCUGAUGGAAACUAUGGAGGUCGUACAUUACAGUCUGCUAUAUUGAUGGAGAACAUAAAAGGAGGCUCCUUAAGGAGCUAUGUGGAUAAACUCUCGAGCGAUGGCAAGGAGCAUGUUGCUUUAGACUUGGCACUGUCUAUUGCAAGAGACGUGGCGUUAGCUUUGACUGAAAUACAUGAUAAAAACAUCAUCCAUCGUGACAUAAAGAGUGAGAACAUUUUGAUUGACCUUGAGAAGAAGCAGCAGGACGGCACGCCUACAGUGAAGAUAUGUGAUUUCGAUCGGGCAAUCCCCCUUCAUUCGUACUUGCACACUUGCUGCAUCGCACACAUGGGCAUACCUCCUCCCAAUAUUUGUGUUGGGACUCCUAGGUGGAUGGCCCCCGAGGUGUAUGGUGCAAUGCAUACACAAAGCAUGUAUGGAGUGGAAGUGGAUAUUUGGUCGUUUGGUUGUCUGCUUCUGGAAUUAUUGACAUUACAAUUCCCUUACUGUGGAGUGCCAGAAACUGAAAUUCAUAAUCUUCUUCAGGCGGGAGAGCGGCCCAAACUGACAGACGAACUGGAGGCAUUGGCUCAAUCCGACGAGGAGCUUGAGAGCGAGCCUGAAACCCUCAGAUUUCUCUCUAAACUCUUCCAUCAGUGUACAGAAAAGAACCCGGCUGAUCGUCCAUCAGCAAAGGAAAUCUACGACGCGUUGCUUCCGCGAAUGAGCUCAGCUACUGGUUUGAAAAGCUCAGACAAAUGAUAGAUUUGUUUCUGGGAGAUCUAUUCACUUAGAUUUCCAGAAUUUUGUAGCGUUACGACAUUGCGAGGCUAACAACAGGUAGCUUGGAUCUCUUACGACUACAGUUACUUUCAACGGCUCAGAAACUUUGCUAAUUAUUCCUAAAUACGAGGCUGAACUAUACGGAACUAGGAUUCUUGAAACUUGAUUCCAUUCUUCAUGAUUAGUUGUAUAAUUAUUGUAAUCACAUUAUGAUUAUUGUAAUUUCUGUAUGAACUUUCGAAUUUCUUAGUUGGAAGACAUGAUGUAGGAACCAGUUUUGGUUACUGCUUUUCACACAGAUGUAGGUGUAGGUCGAGAGUAUUUGGACCUCUAUGUGUUGUACCUUUUCAAGUACUUUAUUAUACAAAAUGCAUUUGUUACAAGGUUUUAGUUUA